UAGUGUCGCGACGGGAAGCCGCUAGUGUGCAAUUGGAUAUUCGGCAUUCGGAAUCUCAAUCAUUUGAGGUUCUGCCAGAGUGAAGUUACCUAUUCCCCGCAGGGUGCUGCCAAUUCGUGUGAAGAUCUGCAUGUAGUAACAUACAUACAGCAACAAUAAUUCUAUCGACAACCAACGAGCAGCAGUUUUAUUGGUUAGGAAGUCCGCAGAGGAGAGGACAGGUAGUGUGAAGCAGAGGAUUUCGCUAGAUUAGAGUGUGGACGCAGCAAGAUGGCCGAUGUUAAUAACAAUAACAAAGCGGAGGAGGCCGGGCCCGAGCCGCAAUCCUUGUUCGAUGAACUCACAAAUCCAUUGAAUCUAACGCUCAUCCUGCUGAUCGUUUUCCUGAUGUACAAGAUCCUGAAGAGCCGCCAGCCGGUGCACACGGCGUCGCCGCCGGAGCCGCAGCUGCCGAAAUUGCGUAGGGAUUUCACCGUGGAGGAGCUGAAGAAGUACGACGGCACCCAGGAGGAUGGUCGAGUACUUGUCGCAGUCAACGGAAGUGUUUACGACAUGACCAAAGGGAAACGCUUCUACGGUCCUGGUGGACCUUAUGCCGCAUUCGGUGGUAAAGACGCAUCCAGAGGCCUAGCCACAUUCAACGUGUCCGCCUCCACCGAGGGCUACGAUGACCUUAGCGACCUGAAUACUGAACAAAUGGAUUCAAUCAGAGAAUGGGAGGCGCAGUUCAAAGAAAAGUACGAUCUGGUUGGUCGCCUAUUGAAGCCCGGUGAGCAGGCCACAAAUUAUUCCGAUGAAGAGGACGAGGCGAACACGAGUGUCGAUAAGUCGAAGGACGAUUAGAGAAAUAAAUACAUUGGAUUUCGAAAAAAAUAUAUAAAUAAAAAGAAUUAAUAACGUAAUAACCGGAAAAAUGAAGAUGAAAAAAAAAAUGGAAGAAGAUACAAACGGAAUAUGGACUCCAUUCUAAAAAAAAAUAUAUAUAAUUUUGUUUUUUAUUACAUCCAUAUAAAAAAAAUAAGAAGUCUGAAUCUUGUACUAUAUAUUUUUUUAUCUGAUAUAUUAUAUAAAUAUUUUAUUUAGUUUUAAAUAUCUUUGCCGCCGACGACGAGGAAGAAAGACUUUCUCUUCACCGUCGGCGACGGCUUGCAUUGUUACUUAGAACGUAAACGUAUUUUCGCGAAGGAUGGAGGAUAGUGGCAAUGGGGGAUGUCUUAUUAUUUAAUAGUUUGUUGUUGUUUUUUUUUUUAAUUCACUGUGAAGGGUUUAUAAGUAUAUAAGUUGUUUGUUUCCUUGUUCGAAAAAAAAAAGAAAGAAACUAUGUUCCUCCUCCUGCAACUUUCUGUUUCCGUUUUCAAAGUUACUCCUUUAUAAAAAUCGAAGAAAAAAAAUAUAAUUGGUAGGCAGCAGUUAUGUUAAAGCUCCCGAGCAUCGCAUUUAAUAAUAUAAUAAUGAUUGUGUGUUACUUUGUUAAUUUUUUUUAAUAAAAUUGUGAUAACAUGAAUGUAAUUAAACAAAAAAAAAUACAGAGAAGAUGGGAAUAUUUGUUCGAGGAAAGGACACAAUAUGGAUUGCUUGCUUUUUGGAAGUAUUUUUUUAAUGAUAUGUAAUAUGUAUAUAUAUAUAAAAAUACAAACAAACACGAUUACCAGUAUAUAUGUGGGCUAUUGUAGCUUAACGAGUUUUGUAACUAUCAUUUACUUAAAACUAUUAAUGAAUGUGCAGAAGCAGUCCAUCCCUCCAACAAUUAUUAAUAUUAAUAAUAAAGCAGAGAAACGACUUAAAACCAUGAAGCAAGAUUUUGGAGUCUGUUUUUUUUUGUUGUUUUCGCUUGAAAACUGCUUGAAGUUUUUGAAUAAAUGGAACUUGUUGUUUUGUUUUUCUUUUACGUUGUUUCUUGAACGAUUUUUGUUAAUGAACUGCGGAUUACAUUGAUCCGCAAAUGAUCCAUAACUAUUUUUUUUUCGUGUGCAAUCUUCUGUUC